AUGGGUAGCAGUACUACUACACAAAGAUCACAUUGUUGGCAUUAUUGGGGCAUCAUUGUAGCAUGGCUUACAUUGUUGGAAAUGAAGAUGAUGGUGCAUUAUGUGAAUGGUGAACUCAAUUACAAGGAGGCUCUCACCAAGUCAUUAAUAUUUCUAGAGGCACAAAGAUCAGGAAAACUCCCUUCCAAUAACAGGGUACCUUGGAGGGAAGACUCAGCCCUAGAUGAUGGAAAACUAGCUAAUGUGGACCUUGUUGGAGGUUACUAUGAUGCUGGGGAUAAUGUAAAAUAUGGCCUCCCAAUGGCUUUUACUAUUACAACCCUAUCAUGGGCUGCAAUUUUUUACAAAUCAGAAUUAGAAGCUACAAAGGAAAUGGGGAAUGUUCAUGAUGCCAUUAGAUGGGGCACUGAUUAUUUUCUCAAAGCUAGUUCUAGACGCAAAAGAUUAUAUGUCCAGGUAGGAGACCCGGAAGAGGAUCACCAUUGUUGGGUUCGACCGGAAAAUAUGAAGACGAAAAGAACGGUUUUGAAGAUUGAUAGUAACACGCCAGGGACUGAGAUUGCAGCUGAAACCGCGGCGGCAAUGGCGGCUGCUUCUAUCGUUUUUAGGGACUCUGAUCGUAAAUAUUCACAUAGUCUCCUUAACAAAGCGAAAUCGCUUUUUGUGUUUUCGAAAUCACACAAAGGAACCUAUGAUGGAGAGUGUCCCUUCUACUGCUCUUACUCAGGCUAUAAUGAUGAACUUAUGUGGGCAGCAACAUGGUUAUACAUGGCUACGAGGAAGCCUGCGUAUUUGAAGUACAUAGAAGAAGAAUCGAUAAGUGCUAGCGUAACAGAAUUUAAUUGGGAUCUUAAAUAUGCAGGAGCCCAAAUCCUUCUUACCAAGUUACAUUUUGAAGGAACAAAGAAUUUGGACACAUUCAAAGUUCAUGCCGAUAGUUUCAUAUGUUCAGUUCAUCCGGAAAGUCCCUAUCAUCAAAUUAACUUAUCCCCUGGUGGGUUCGUUCAUUUGAGAGAUGGUGCCAACACACAAUAUGCUACCGGGGCAGCAUUGUUGUUCACUGUGUAUGGUGAUUUGCUUGCCAAACAUAAACAGAAAAUCACUUGCGGAGACAAACAAUUUGAUCCCUCUCACCUCCUCUCCUUUGCUAAGAUACAAAUGGAUUAUAUACUAGGGAAGAACCCUGAAGGAAGAUCAUACAUGGUAGGGUUUGGGAAGAACCCACCAACACAAGCUCACCAUAGAGGUGCAUCCAUGCAAAAGUUGCCAAAGGAUGAAGAAGUAAACUGUCCCACGAGCUUCUCAAAAUGGUUGAAUAAAGACCAACCUAACCCCAAUGAGCUCACCGGUGCUAUUCUUGGUGGACCUGACGGCAAUGACAAGUUCAAAGACAAGCGUUGGGAAUCUGUUUACACUGAGCCAUGCACAUACAUUAAUUCUCUAGCAGUUGGACCUUUAGCCAAGCUUGCAUCUUUGUCUUGA